AUGACGGAACUCCCCAGGCUGGUGAACAAGACUAUCCCGAUCCCAGAGUACCCUGAUGAAUAUAUUGUUGAGCUAGAUGUUUUCCAUCAACUUCACUGUCUGAACCUGGUCCGUCUUAAGGCGUGGACUGCCGAGAACCCUGAGUAUGGCGAUAAUGGGGUCAACCCACACCUACAAAAGAUGGAUCAUAUUGACCACUGCAUUGACACAAUGCGCCAGAGUCUCAUGUGUUCGGCAGACAUCUCACCUAUUGUCUGGAACUGGGACCCGGCAUCCCAGUCGGCCAAGGGACGCGCGAGUACGCUGCAUACCUGUAGGGAUUUCGAGGCUAUCCGCCAAUGGGCAAUUGAGCACCACACAGACGCAUUCAACACGAGUGUACAUACGCAUGAUCCACUGGAGGAUUGA